AUGUUCAGAACUGAGAGAAUAAGAGCCAUGUCAGGACAGCGGAAUCAGUGGAGAAUAAACAAUCUGUACUUAGUAUCUCUCCUACUUUUCUUUCGAGUGCCUUUUAUCUGUGCAGCUGAAGGUCACCAACUUUGUUUUACCUUUGGGUGCUUUGACUCAAGUGAUACCCAGCUCUAUAUAACAUUGGACGAUGAUGAACUGGUCUAUGCAGAUUUUAAAAAAAGCACUGCUGUUUGGGAGAGCAAAAUACCAACAACUUUACGUUCUGAUUCGGCUUACAAAUAUGCAGAAGCAUGCCAAAUUGCGUGUAACAAAGAUAUAUAUCGAUGGAAACCAGACCCAGAUGUUAGAAGGACUGAAGACGCACCAGAAAUGAUCAUUUACCCCAGAAGUGAAGUAAUUAAAGAUGAAGAGAACACCCUCGUGUGCUUCAUCAACAACUUUUUCCCUCCUGCGGUCAACAUCAGGUGGACCAAGAAUGAAAAAGAGGUGAUGGUGGAAGAUCCCUUUAUCAAAACUAUAUCGAACUCUGAUGGGAGGUUUCAUGUCUUCUCCUACCUGAACUUUGUCCCAAAGCAAGGGGACAUCUACAGCUGCUCUGUAGCACAUGAAGCACUGGAGGAGCCAAAGACCAAGAUUUGGGAUGUUGGAAUAGAGGAGAAAAGUAUGGGUCCAGUUGUGUUCUGUGUAAUUGGCCUGACUCUUGGGUUUCUUGGAAUUGCCGCAGGAACAUUCCUUUUUGUGAAAGGAAGCCAGUAUUGUGAUCGCCCACACUUUGCUGGUUAAUACGUAAAAUGAGAGAGUAGUUUCCUUUUUGGCUUCAUUUGCAUGUCAUGAACUUUAAGUAGGCUACUGUAUGAUUUGCAAAGAUGUGAUUCAUUCUAGAUUCAUAUUUCUAACAUUUUUCCUAGGAUUUGUUACUAUCAUUGUUCAUGUUUUUUAAAGUCAAAUUUCAAUAAAAUGAAAUGAGUUAUCCAGCA